CGCAAAUCGUCGCGAAUCUUUCGUCGCCCUUGCAGAUAAAUACUACCUAUAGCUGAAAUAGAUUGUGGUUUUCUUGUUUUCAACCUCCAUUUUUUGCAGAGCAUUAUUAUUAUUUGGAGCAGUUUUCAACCUUGAGUUUCGAUAUUCGACAGUGUCAGAAUGAAGAGCUUCAUUAAAAAAGCCAAAGCCUCUUUACGUGAUGUGCAGUCCCAGUUUCCUUCUUCCCAAGGGAACCAAGCACAACAGCAGAUUAUCCACCAACAAGAUACGCCUUCCAGGAUCCAGCCUCCGACCCCUACUGAUAUUCUACGAUACCGCUAUCAUCACGGGACAAAUCUUGGCAGUAUCUUUGUUCUGGAGCAAUGGCUGACGCCCAGCAUGUUCGUCGAGGGAGCUGCAGGGGGAAGCGAACUCGACGCCGUGAACGCAUGCUUGAAGAGUCAAGGACUUGAUGCAACUCGAGCAAAAUGGGAAAACCACUGGUCCAAUGCGGUUUCAGAUUCAGAUUUUAGCUGGCUCGUGAACACUGCUCAUUGCACUACCAUACGACUUCCCAUAGGAUACUUUACACUUGGGCCAGCCUUUACCAAUAACACGCCUUUUGCUGGAGCGCCAGCCCAAGUGUACGUGAAUGCAUGGAAUGCGGUGAAGACCUUUGUUGCGCGAGCCCGUUCCCAUGGUAUCGGAGUCUUGCUGGACCUGCAUGCUCUCCCCGGAGGAGCGAAUGGGGACGCCCACUCCGGCACCAGCAGCGGCAAGGCAGAUCUAUGGGGAAACAGCGGCAACCUUUCACUUGCACAGCAAUGCCUAGUUUUCAUGGCCCAAGAAGCGAGGGCCAUGGACGGAGUGGUCGGACUGCAGCUGUGUAACGAAGCCAUUUGGGACGCUCCGGGCAUGUACGCCUGGUAUGACAGCGUCAUUGGCGCCAUCCUGCACGUGGACAACACCAUGCCCUUGUACAUCAGCGACGCUUGGAACCUGAGACAGGCCGUCUCCUAUUGCGACACCAAAAACACCUUGGCUGCGGGUUUCACGAACCCCAUCAUCGUGGAUACCCACAAGUAUUACUGCUUUUCUGACGCAAACAAGGCCGAGACCCCACAGCAGAUUAUCGCCGGCGUGCCCCAAGAGCUGGGCGAAUUGAACGGCAAGCAAGGCGAUGUCUUCACUCACGGCGCCGCGCAGGUCAUUGUAGGAGAAUACAGCUGUGUCAUGGACGGGCAGACGUGGGCCAAAGUCAGCGACGCCGAUCGGCCAGGGCUCGUUGAGCAGUUUGGCCAUGUCGAGUCUCAAACUUGGCAGCAAAAGGCUGGUGGAAGCUACUUUUGGACAUAUAAAAUGGACUGGAUGGACGGCGGCGAAUGGGGGUUCGUACAACAAACCAACUCUUCGGCCAUUACACCUCCGCCGAAUCUGCUACUCGCCGUUAAAGACGUCCAGUCGCGCAUCGGCACCGCUCAGUCUCAGCGCCAGAGCCGACGAGACGCUUCCGUCACCGGCCACGAGAACUACUGGCACAACGCUGCGCCAGGCCAGACGUUUGAGUUUUGGCGGUACGCAGCCGGCUGGGACGUGGGAUUCUCAGACGCCAUGGUCUUCUUCCAGGCGCGAGAGGGCCUUGGGUUAUCUGGCCUCGGCGCAGACAAGAUUGGCUGCCUCGACGUGUGGGUGCGGAAACGGAUUCUCGAGUCUGGUCAAGCAGGACCUUUUGUCUGGGAAUUUGAACAAGGGGUGCGUGCGGGCAUUAAUGACUUUUAUCAGGCUGCUGGGAUUUGAAUUUGACUUGACAGGUGUUAUGAUGGGGAAUGAAUGCAUAGCAACUUGUACCCUGUCGUACUGAGCCAUGUGUUGCAUGGACGUGGGCUAGGAGAAUAUCAAAUCAUUUCUGUACGUUUUAUUUGUGGAGUACUAAUACUGAGAGUAACGUGCUUCAUUUUACGCCACUGAUGAAGAAACUUUUUCCAUAAUUCAAAUAGAUAUCCAUUCCCCAAACCCAAACCCAUCCGUACUGUGCCAUUUUC